AUGAGCCUACCUGAUCAAUGCUCAGUCUUCUCCGCUGAGGCGGCGGCCAUUCUCGUUGCCGCUACAACGCCGGCAAAUCAACCAAUCGUGAUAGUCACGGACUCGGCAAGCUGCAUCUCGGCCCUACAAUCGGAAAGACCCCGUCACCCAUGGAUUCAGGGGAUAAUAAAGCGCGCACCACCCGGUGUAACACUCCUUUGGGUUCCAGGACACUGCGGUAUCCCUGGCAAUGAAACCGCCGAUCACCUAGCGGGGUCCGGCCCAUCUGGCGAUCGCUACACUCGCACAGUGCCUUCUCAGGACGCCAAGCGCUGGAUUCAGUCGGUGCUGCACGAAAACUGGCAAAAGGAAUGGUCGCAAUCCAGUAGAUCAUAUCUGAGGAAAGUGAAACAAAGCAUAGACUCGUGGACCGAUCUCAAGUCCAUGAGAGACCAGACAAUCAUCUCUCGGCUACGGACCGGGCACUCUAGGAUGUCUCAUGACUUCGGAGGAGCUCGCUUUCACCGGACCUGUGAGAUCUGCGGUAUAGACAACUCAGUGGAGCAUUUUAUUUGCGUCUGCCCUGCAUACGAGGGCCCCAGGCAGCUGUACGGGAUCUCGAGUAGUAUCCGCGAGGCCCUUGGCGAUGAACCAUCAACACUCGCGGCGUUGCUAUGUUUCAUCAAAGACGCCGGCCUUUAUUUUAAAAUUUAA